AUGCGCAACCUGUGGGGGCUGUCUCAGAAGUCGCGAGUACGACGAAUCAGAUAUCAGGCAGACCUGCGUAAUGACAGCCAUCGCUGUCUUUGCAUCAGGCAGAAGGCCGACUUCUUCUCUCCAUCAUCUCCAGGCUUCUUUGCAUCCAUUGAGCCUGCAUCGUCAUCAUUCUACCAUCAGGACCCUCGUAAAAACACCGAAGAUAUUGACAGUAUGGCCGAUCCCCCUCACCCUGGGAUGAGGCCAGGAGCCCGCGAUCUCUUCAUCACAAAUUUCGUCGAGAAUCCCCCGCCUCUAGCGCCUGAUGAUUCAGCUCGUAUCCAGCCACCAAAUGAGUCAACUUCUUUUGAAUCUGAUGAUGAAGGCUCCGGGUUAAGGCACGCCAAGUUGGAGAAUCAUUGUAUCCUCUGUGGCGAUACCCUGCAUGUUGACCGGCGCUCAGAUAUCGACCCCCUUUCCCGUCUCUCGACAUGGGAGAUGAAUGUUAUCUGCGUCCUCAGUAUACCAUCUAGCAUUGGUCAAACGCAAUCCAAGUUAUGUAACGCUCAAAUAAGCCAACGACGCGUGCUCAGAAGCCGCAACUUGGAGUAUCCUCCGGGAACGAGGUAUCAUGCUUGUGCUUACUACACCAGUUGCCCGAGGUGCGAUGGAGAAGCUGCGCUCAACAGAGUCCAAGCCACGGUCAACCUGGUCCACCUCCACUGCUCGCAACUUGCUAAGCGAAGAUGGGGCGACUUCUCGGCCGAUGUCCUGGUCCGCAUCGCUCGGUUGUUACGUCCCAUUACUUUGCCGGGUGUGGCUGAGGAGAUCUUGGGUGUAGAACCUGGCCUGACCAAAUUUCCCGAAUCCGAAAUCGCGUGCAAGGAUUCAAGCCUCGGUUCGCUGCUUAUGAAUAUCCAUCGUCACUUGCCCGGCGAGCUUCAGCGGCUGGUAUGCCAGCAUCUCCAGGGCACCUUCUUCUUCUCGGUUGCCAGCUGCGUGGAGACAUUGCAUUGGAUAGAAGACCAUCGGAUCCUGGUAGAUUCCUGGUCAAAUACGACCCCAACAUAUCAUUACCCGCUCAUGCCCUCCUUCUCCUUCAAGCGUCUUGUUGCAGAUACGGUCAACAUUCUCGGCGAGAGCUGCUUCACAAGGAUUGGCGGAGACUUUGCAACUUCCUACGCAAUGGAGAUCACGCUUAAACAAGUCCCACUAUCAGGCAUCCAAUAUUCUCUUGGUCUCUAUGGUGUUGUUGGUUUGCGGGUUCUGUAUGAGGAUGCUCAUGUUCAGCAUGGUUGGGUCGCGGCCCCGGCAGAUUAUUCAGGAUUUUCAGCCUUCGCUCACUGCGGGAUCUUCGGACUGAAAUAUCUGUCAUUAGACAGCGGUACCACGAGUCAGGCGCUACAACUAGAAACGAGUCCGGAAGAGCCCAAGAUGUUUUGGAACCAUGACAUCGACUUCACUCCCUCUGAUAAGUAUUCCCUGGUCACCUUAAAUCCGAUACACCGAACCAUUCGUGGCCAGCAGGCUGCAUAUAUCGGACAAUAUCUGCCUUUCCAACCAGCCAGUCAGCAACACCGGAGCCUAACCAUCUUCUUCUCCUCGGAAGGCACGUCAUGUAUCCAAGUCGGCAGUGACCGGGCGCAGUGUCUCGGAAACCCCUCCGCGGGUGAUAGGGCCCUUACCUUCUAUCUUUAUCCUGGAGAGACUAUAAAGUCGCUGCGACUGCUCUCCAUAGCACGACAGCGGCUCAUAAACUCGUGGACUAUGCGGGACUCAACCCGCUUCCAUAUCCUGGUGCAAACCUCCGAGGGUCGAAUGAUUUAUGCGGCUCCUAGUCGGGUGCUUACGGAUCCCGAGUGUUCCCUGGCUGUCUUCGGCGGGGAAAGCUCUCACUUUCCAGACGGGAUGUUCCUCGUGAGAGAUGGACCUCUGAAGGAGUCCCUCACCAACCUUGGUGUUAAAUUCAGUGCGACUAAAGAAGAGCAACUCGGUCCACAGAAUUGUCAAGCGACUCGCGGCCCCUGGAGUAUCAAGGUGCCGAGACCACGACUCGGCCCACCUCUCCCGAUUGAAGGAAGCGGCGCGGUCCUGACUAAAGCCAAUCUCGAUAACGUGAAAGAAUUGAGAGUACAAAAGUACGAGGGCAUUUAUUUGGGUCUCUUGAUCCACCGUCACGAUGAUAGGAUAGAUGUCCUCGGGAGCUGGGAUGCAUCCAGCCCCGGUGUGAUCUCGACUAUUUACGUCUAUGGCGACAGACCACUCACGGGACUUACUUUUGUCUUAUUAGAGGAGGAAGGCCCCGGCUGGUGGUGUAGGAAUGUGGUAAACAUACGAACCCAUCCAUCAUCGGUCCCAGAGUUGGACUUUCCGGUCGUGGACAGCACGCUUGAUCAAGUUGAGGAGGACUUGAUUUCGAAAUUCCAUUGGGAUGCUCCACACUUGGAAGUUGCUUGGUGGUUUACGCUGUCAGGGUCGGAAGAUCGUGUGGAAUACUGGAAUGGAGAAGAACAGGAAUUCAGCUUGUCGAAGGGUGACCUUCAUUGUGAGCAAGUCAACUAG